UUUACUUUUAGCACCCCCACCACAACCAACUUUUCAAAUCUUUCUGAAUCUCAUCACCCCCAAAAUAAAUUCAUUAAAAGGAAAAAAAAAAAAAAAAGAGUUUAUAAGGCUAAGGAAAUUAUACUCUCUAUCUUUCAAUAACAAAAUUUAGCCAAUAAUCAAUUAUGGAAUGGAUCCACUCUUUGCUGAACAUUGCAUUUCCUCCCAUUAUCAUAUUUCUACACUUUUUGAUUCUACCAAUAUAUAUUCCAUUCAAGUUUCUACAAUCUAUAAAAACAUCCAUAACCACUCAACAAAAGGUGGCUAGAAAAGUAGUUCUCAUUACUGGGGCAGCUCGAGGCAUUGGACAGCAACUUGCUUAUGAAUAUGCUAGAAGAGGAGCUUUUUUAGCCUUGGUUGGAGUUAGAGACAAUCUUGAAGAAGUUACAACAACAGCUCGUAAAUUAGGAUCCCCAGGUGUUAUUUCUAUUGUUGCAGAUGUUUCUAAGCUCCAAGAUUGUAAGAGAUUUAUAGAUGAAGCAGUUCAUCACUUCGGCCGAUUGGAUCAUCUAGUGAACAAUGCUGGGAUAAUAAUACUGAGAAAGUUUGAAGAUAUUGAUGACAUUUCUAAUUACAAAUCUAUUAUGGAUGUUAAUUUAUGGGGUACAAUUAACAGCAUUCACUUUGCAAUUCCACACUUGAAAAGAAGCAAAGGGAAGAUAGUAGUGAUUUCAUCUGUGUGUGGACCCUGCCCUCUUCCAUUUCUGUCCAUCUAUAACGCAAGCAAGUCAGCAUUGAUAAGCUUUUGCGAGACACUUAGAAUUGAACUUGGUUCAACAAUUGGCAUAACAAUUGUCACACCUGGGCUAAUUGGGACCAAAUUGUCACGUGAUCUGGAGAUAAAGUUAAGAUCAGUUAUUCCAGAAGAGUCAGCUGAAGAAUGUGGGAAGGCCAUUGUAAGAAGUGUGUGCCGAGGAGACUUGAACUUGACAGAGCCCAUGUGGCUAUGGUGGCUCCUCUUUCCCCUAAACAUGAUCUUUCCUCACAUUAUCUACUCUUGCAUCUCUUAUCUUACCAAAUUAAUCAACCCAUUCAACAACAAUAUAUAAUUAAGUUUUAUAGAAUAAUAAUGUAUAAUUAAGUCAACACUGGUAAAAAAUAAUAUGUUAUAAGAGUAUAAAUAACAUUCCAUGCAUUAAUUUAUGAGUUGCUCAAAUAUUAUAACAUUAUUGCCUAUGUGUGUUUAAUCAAUAUAUUUAAUCAUAUUUCUUUUA